UCGAAUCCCCCUUUCCAAGACGAGAGAACGCUUCCACCGAGAGACGAAUUUGGAUCCUGUUUGCGCCACCCUGCUUCGCUGCUGUGAACACAACUUUGCGCCCAAUCAAGUCCGUGGAGCCACUGCGAGCAAGACCGAGUUCCUUAAACCUCCCAGGUUGCGUUGUUGGGUCGGCGUAACUCUCUUGAACUAUUCUUGCCAGGAGAUGUUCGAAACGUUGUUGUUUAUGAGUCUACCCUGGAGUUUUAGAAACAUGGGUUAUGGUUGACCGCAAACACAAAUUGUAGACUUGCAUAAGCAGGUUACAAUGGCUGCAGCUUCCCUCCCAUCCCUGGCUCUCUAUAGAACUGGGAUUUGUGGUUGUCGAUAUGAUGAGUCUUGUAUGAGUCAGAGAGCAGGGGCAGCUUGGAGGAUCACUGGAGGGGACAAGAAUUUGCUCUGUGCGUCUCGAGGCAGUGUAAUUACGGGGAGACAUUGUGCAGAUUGUAAGAUACGUCGAAUUAGGCCCAAUUUCAGCAGAUGGUUGUCUAAAUCAUCUUGUAAAGUUAGAUACCGUGAAGCACUAAAUUCAGUAACCAGAAAGGAAUAUGGACGCGCCCCCUCAAAAUUAGCGGCGCAACGGCGAGAGGAUUCAUUGACUGAAAGUGUGGAAUCUGUCUCUGGGAGCGAUACCAUGCCUUCGACUGCACCAACUCGGGAUCGAAACGUUGAGAAUGGGGCUACUGUGCUGAGUUCGGUGGACGUAGUUGAAGACGAAGUUCGCAAUGUGGAAGUGUCGCACAAAAGUUCGCAACUUGAAAUGGAAGGAUUAAGGAAAAGCGAGGCAGCGAAGGUGCUUUUUGGAGUAGAAAUGUCACCAGACACGAUCGCAAUAGCUAUGGUGUAUUUUGUUCAAGGAAUUCUUGGGCUUUCUCGUUUGGCUGUUAGUUUUUUUUUGAAAGAUGAUUUGCAUCUCGACCCCGCUGAGACUGCGUUUUUGACCGGCUUCUCCGCACUUCCCUGGCUAAUAAAACCCCUCUAUGGGUUUAUCAGUGAUGGAGUGCCAUUAUUUGGAUACCGGCGACGCUCUUACUUGGUAUUGUGUGGACUUCUUGGUGCAUUAUGUUGGGGCUCGCUUGCUGUAGUAGUCGAUAACAAGUAUGCUGCAAUGACAGCAAUUCUGCUCAGCUCCCUAUCGGUGGCAUUUUCUGAUGUGGUUGUGGACUCCAUGGUAGUAGAAAAAGCGCGGGGUGAGUCCCAGGGUGCAGCUGGUUCCCUUCAGAGCCUGUGCUGGGGUUCUUCGGCGACUGGGGGCAUAGUUAGCGCUUAUUUCAGUGGUUACUUGGUGGAAACAUAUGGCACAAGAUUUGUUUUUGGAGUUACAGCAGUACUGCCUUUGAUAACCUCAGCAGUCGCGGGUCUUGUAGGAGAGGUGCCUAUUAAGGCAUCUAGUGGUGAUCCAAAAGUCAAGUUAACUAAAAUGGCUCAGUUUAUAAGCACAUCGAAGUCACAGCUUGGUUUUUUGUGGGAAACUGUGAAGGAGCCGAAUAUAUUUUGGCCAACUCUCUUCAUUUUCCUGUGGCAAGCUACCCCAACAUCCGACACGGCCAUGUUUUUCUUCACGACUAAUCAUCUAGGAUUUGGACCGGAAUUUCUAGGGCGUGUACGCCUCGUGACUGCAGUGGCAUCACUUGUAGGUGUUGGAUUAUAUAACAGCUACUUAAAAGAUGUUCCCCUUCGCAGUAUUUUCUUGUGGACAACUCUGUUGGGAACAGCUUUAGGUCUUACUCAGUUAUUGCUUGUCACUGGUGUCAAUCGGAGUUUAGGCAUAAGUGACGAAUGGUUCUCAAUGGGAGAUUCACUCUUUUUGACAGUACUAGGCCAGGUAUCAUUCAUGCCAAUUUUGGUGCUGGCAGCUAGACUAUGCCCACCAGGUGUAGAGGCAACACUCUUUGCCACUUUGAUGUCUAUCAGCAACGGAGGUGGCGUUACUGGGGGAGUUCUUGGAGCUGGUCUUACACAGGUCCUUGGCGUCACAAGCCAGAACUUUGACAACCUAGCACUUUUACUCCUGUUAUGCAAUGCCUCCUCCCUGCUCCCAUUACCGUUCCUGAAUCUCCUCCCGUCAGAGAGUGAGCUUGCGGCAACAGUGGAAAAGGCAGAACAGGCUCAAAGAGACUUUGAGAGUUCUAAACAGGACUAGUUUCCAACCCCUUCUCCUACACGGAUUCUUACCGUACAUGUAGUCUUUUCCACAGUUAUACAUCACAUCCAAUGCAGUUCAGUUAUUUUCAUUACCUACAAGGACCUCUCAGGUUUUGAGAUAGAAUUCAGGUUCUUUUACAUGAGCCAUUCUUGUGAUGAUUUGCUCAGUGAGCCAAUGCUAAUACUUCAAUCUAGGGUGCGAACGAAUUUAGGCAAUAGAUGUAAGAUUAUCCCGCUGACAUGGUAUUCUCCUAGUCUGUCAAAUACAAGAAUUGCAGGGGAAUGUCCAGACCGUGUAGCAUGAAUUAUUGCCGCAUUCUUUGAUAAUAUUCUUUCUGUUCGACA